UUCCUGCUCUGCCUGUUGCAAUCCUAAGGACCAUUAAAAAAUAGAAACUGGAUAAGAAAUAGCACAUCUUCAUAGUCGAGUUUCUCCUCUGUGGAAUUUAGAUCUAAACGUGCUAAAUCCAACUCUGCAUUGGUCCGCUUACUGGGAGAUUGCUCUUGUUACAGUGGCUGCACAAUGAAGGGGAAACUCCUGAUGCUUGAAGUGUAUGCCAUUCUGAAGUGAAAACAAAACUGAUGCAAACUAGGACAACUUCUUCACACAAAACACCAAAAAGUAAGCAGAAAAGUAACGCGCAUUGUGUCUGAUGCCUCUCGCUUCAAACCUGAAUGCUGUGUGAAAGCUUUAAGCAUUCUGCUUUUUUUUCUUUCAAAAACGCAGUCUUUCUUUUUGAGGACAAGGAACCGGUACAGACUUUGUAUUUUGAUUGCAAAAAUGAUUUUUUCUUUUGGAUAUAGAAAAAUAGUCUGCAACUUCAGAUGACUGUUCAAAAGGGUCGGUGUUGCAAAGUGUUGGAACUGCUGCAGUUCUUGAAAACUUUAGUUCUUUCUUAAUCCUUUCCUACUUGCUGACAUUGCAAAAUGCUUCUGCAAAGUGUUGUGGAUUUACUUAGGUUGUAGAGCUCACUUUGAUGCCUCCUGUGAAGGGACAGUGCUGCUGGAACAGUGCACUGGAGAUUCUGUUUGAGCAUGGAGCUGUCAGGUAGGGACCUGACCCUACUGCUACUACUGCUGGUCCUAUGGAGCUGCUGUCACUGGCAAACUGUCACUUGCAAUACUCAGCUGCGCCAAAUCUUUCAAGUGACAGAGGAGCAGCCCUCGGGCACCUAUGUUGGCACUAUCCCCACAAAACCGAACUUUACCUAUCGGCUUAGUGAAAGUCAUGCCUUGUUCCGCAUGAACGGCACCACAGGGGCAAUUUACACCACGGCGGUCAUUGACAGGGAGAGCAUCCAAAGCGACUUAAUCAACUUGGUGGUUUUAUCGAGCCAACCCACAUACCCAAUUGAAGUACGAAUUUUAGUACUAGACAUAAAUGACAAUGCACCCACGUUUCCCGAUCCCUCCAUCGCAGUAACUUUCAAAGAGGACGCAGGGAGGGGGCGGCAGGUCAUCCUAGACACUGCCACGGACUCGGACACUGGUACCAAUGGAGUGGACCACAGUUCGUAUCGCAUAAUAGCUGGAAAUGAGGACGGACGCUUUAAGCUAGAUAUCACCGUCAACCCGAGUGGAGAGGGCGCUUUCCUGCACUUAGUGUGCCAGGGAGGACUGGACAGAGAGGUAACUCCAUCUUACCAACUUACAGUAGAAGUGGAGGACCGAGGGCAGCCGCGACGGCUUGGUCAUCUGCAAGUAAAUGUAACGGUGCAGGAUGUGAAUGACAACCCGCCAUCGUUCGAGCAGUCCCAGUACAGAGCCAGCAUAUACGAGGAUGCAGCAGUGGGCUCAAGCGUGCUGCAAGUGGCUGCCUUUGACCCGGACGAAAGCAGCAACGCAGAUGUGAGAUAUUAUCUGGACGAGGGUACUCCGUUUGAGAUAGAUGGACGUGCUGGGGUGGUCACUAUCCGCGAAAGGCUUGACUACGAGAGCCGCCGGCAGUAUUCCCUCACCCUUCACGCAGUGGACGGAGGACUUCCAUCCCUUACCGGUCGCACUGAGGCCACCAUCCAGCUGUUAGAUGUUAAUGACAACGACCCUGUAGUCAAGUUCCGCUACUUCCCUGCUACCUCCCGUUAUGCUUCAGUGGACGAGAACGCACAAGCAGGCACAGUAGUGGCGCUGCUGACCGUUACUGACGCGGACUCUCCAGCAGCCAACGGCAACAUCUCUGUGUCUAUACUGGGUGGCAACGAGCAGCGCCACUUCGAAGUGCAGUCCUUGAAGGUGCCCAAUCUGAGCCUUAUCAAAGUGGCUAGCGCUCUGGAUAGAGAGCGCAUUCCCUCUUACAACCUGACGGUCUCUGUUUCUGAUGGAGGCAUUCCCUUUUCACGCUCAUCCUUGGCCAGCCUUGUCAUCUUCGUUAACGACAUCAAUGACCACCCGCCUGUAUUUGAGAGCCCCAUAUACCGUGUGCAGGUGGCAGAAGACGUGCCUGUAGGCAGCUAUGUCUGCGGGGUCUCUGCAACAGAUGGUGACUCUGGGCUAAAUGCCAACUUGCGCUACGCCAUCGUGUCCGGCAAUCAGCUUGGUUGGUUUGUCAUUAGUGAAAACAGUGGUUUGGUGACAAGUGCUUCCCCACUAGACCGGGAAAUUACCCCCGAAGUGACCCUGAACAUCAGUGCCAGAGACCAAGGAGUGCAGCCGAAAGUGUCCUAUACAGAACUGGUGGUAACCCUUCAGGAUGUGAAUGACCAGGCCCCCACUUUCUCCCAGGAAUUUUACCAAGUCACAGUCGUGGAGAACUCCUCCCCGGGUGCAGAAGUUCUCACUCUUUCUGCAACGGACAACGACCUAGGGGACAACGGCACUGUCCGUUUUACCUUUGACCCUGAGACCACAGAUCGUAUGCAUGACCUUUUUCGUCUUGACCACAUAUCUGGGAGGCUGUCCACUGGAACACAGCUAGAUCGUGAAGAAAAAGACAGUUAUUUGUUAUUGAUCCUGGCUAGUGAUUUGGGCUCCCCUCGACUUUCAGUAGUGGCGAAAAUCAAUGUGACCGUGAAAGACUUAAAUGAUAACAGCCCUAAUUUUUAUCCAGUACAGUAUUUUGCAAACAUUAAGGAAAAUGAGCCCCCUAACACAUAUGUUGUCACUGUUUCUGCUACCGAUCCCGACACGGGCAAAAACGGGACUGUUAAGUAUAGCAUCACUGCUGGGGAGAGGACGAAAUUCCAUAUACAUCCACAUACUGGUGUUAUAUCCACCAUGGUUUCAUUGGACAGAGAGGAAAAGACGACGUAUCAGCUGCAAGUUGAUGCCACUGAUGGGGGGAACCUUAAGUCACAGAACUUUGCCAUUGUUACUAUUACAGUAAUAGACACCCAAGAUAACCCACCCUCCUUUUCUCAGGCUUCAUACAAUUUUGUUAUUUUUGAAAAUGUCGCAAUUGGUUCCAAUGUUGGCAUUGUGUCUGCUGCUACACUGGAUCUUAAUACCAAUAUUACUUACCUCAUCACAUCUGGUGACCAAAGAGGCAUGUUUUCCAUAAAUAGUGCCACAGGGCAAAUUACAACUGCAAGCACCAUAGACAGAGAAGAGCAAACAUCUUACCAGCUGAAAAUAGUAGCUAGCGGUGGUGCUGUGACUGGGGAGGCUAUUGUCAAUAUAACUAUCAGAGAUCUCAAUGACAAUUUUCCACAUUUCUCACAUGCAGUGGAAAGCAUAAAUGCAGUGGAGAACUGGAAAACAGGGCAUACUAUAUAUCAAGCUAGAGCUGUUGAUCCUGAUGAAGGAGUUAAUGGCAUGGUUCUUUACAGCCUUAAGCAAAAUCCUCAAGGCCUGUUCAGCAUCAAUGAAAAAAAUGGUUCUGUAACUCUAAAUGGGCCACUUGACAUAUCUGUUGGCUCAUAUCAGGUAGAAAUUCUUGCUUCUGACAUGGGAGUCCCACAGCACGCAUCUAGUCUUAUUCUAACAGUGUAUGUACAUGAUGUAAAUGACAACCUCCCAGUCUUUGACCAGCUUUCAUAUGAAGUCAUCAUCUCAGAGUCUGAGCCAGUGAAUUCACGAUUCUUUAAGGUGCAUGCCUCAGACAAGGACACAGGAGUUAAUGGUGAGAUUGCCUAUGAUAUAAUAAAAGGAAAUAUAGGGGGUGCAUUUGGCAUUUUCCCAGAUGGACAUUUAUACAUAAGGACUGACCUUGAUCGUGAAAUUCAGGACAGAUACGUUUUGCUGGUUGUUGCAACUGAUGGGGCAGUAGAACCACUUAGUGCAACAGUGAAUGUUACAGUUAUUUUGGAAGAUGUAAAUGACAACAGGCCCCUGUUCAACAGCACUAAUUACGUGUUUUAUUUUGAGGAGGAGAGGACUGGAGGCUCAUUUGUUGGCCGGGUCACAGCUGUAGACAAAGAUAUAGGACCAAAUGGUGAAGUCCAAUACUCUUUUGAUGCCAUGCAGCCUGACUUUGAGCUGAACACAAUCACAGGGGAAAUAACAAGCACCCACCAGUUUGACAGAGAAGGACUGAUGAGACAGAGAGGGGCCGCUGUCUUCAGUUUUACAGUAAUAGCAACAGAUCAGGGAUUACCAAAGCCACUGAAAGAUCAGGCAACAGUACAGGUAUAUAUUACAGACAUAAAUGAUAACCCACCCACAUUUAUGAAAGAUCUUUAUCAAGCUUCUAUAUCUGAACUAGCAGCAAAUCUUACACAGGUCCUAAGGGUCUCAGCAUCUGAUGUUGAUAAAGGCAAAAAUGGGUUAAUACAGUAUGCAAUAACAGAAGGAAAUGAAGAAAAUCGUUUUAUGAUAGACAGUAGUACUGGCCAUGUGACCCUCAUAGGAAGCCUUGAUUAUGAGGCAACUUCUUCCUAUUCACUUACAAUUCUAGCAGUGGAUUCUGGAGAGGUUCCAUUAAGUUCGACUUGCAUAUUGAGCAUCAGUGUUGUGGAUGAAAAUGACAACACCCCUUCCUUUCCAAAGUCUGUUAUUUCUGUAGAUGUUUUGGAAAACAUGCGGAUUGGGGAACUAGUAGCAUCUGUUGCUGCUACUGAUUCAGAUUCUGGAGAUAAUUCUGAUAUCCAUUAUAGUAUCACAGGCACUAAUAACCAUGGAACAUUAAGUAUUAGCCCCAACACUGGUAGCAUUUUUCUUGCCAAAAAACUGGACUUCGAAACUUUAUCCAUUAUUAAGUUAAAUGUAACUGCAAAGGACAAUGGCAGGCCACCAAGGUCAUCUACAGUGUCAGUAGUAAUAUAUGUCCGAGAUUUUAAUGACAAUGCUCCUUAUUUUCCUGAUGGAGAUGUCUUCAAAUCGAUUAUAGAGAAUGUUCCUGUAGGUACAUCAGUCAUGGCUGUAACAGCUCAUGAUCCUGACACAGACAUUAAUGGAAAGUUAAUUUAUGAAGUUGUUCAACAGAUUCCACGAGGUAACCACUUUGUCAUGGAUGCUGCUACUGGGACUAUAUUCACAAGUGCUGAAAUAGACCGUGAAUUUGCUAAUCUUUUUGAACUAACAGUGAAAGCCACAGAUCAGGCUGUCCCUGUAGAAUCAAGACGAUUUGCUCUGAAAAACGUUACAAUUUUAGUACUAGAUCAGAAUGAUAACAUCCCAACAUUUAUAUCCCAGAAUGCCUUUGUUACAGAAUCCUCAGUUAUUAUUGGCUCAAUUCUGACAACUGUAAUAGCUUAUGACCCAGAUGAGGGAGCUAAUGGAGAAGUCGAGUAUGAAAUUAUCAAUGGGGACACACAGUCAUUUAUGAUGGAUCGUUACACUGGAGAUAUCAGACUUGCUUUACCACUGAUACCAUCAAAACUCACUUACAGUGUUAUUUUGUCAGCCACAGAUCUUGGCUCAGACAGACGGACAGCAACCACUGAAAUGACAGUCAUUAUUCAUGGUAUGGAUGGGCCAGUUUUCACUCAACCUAAGUACAUAACUAUUGUAAGGGAAGGUGAACCUGUUGGUACCAAUGUGAUAUCUUUAGAAGCAGCAAGUCCUAAGGGUUCCGAAGGUUUUGUGGAAUAUUACAUUGUGUCAGUAAAAUGUGAAGGAAAAACUGUUGGACGGUUAUUUACCAUUGGACGCCACACUGGUGUUGUGCAGACUGCAGCUGUAUUGGACAGAGAAAAGGGAGCAAACUUGUAUCUACUAGAUGUUUAUGCAGUCGAAAAAUCAGUGAACUCCCCGAGAACACAAAGGGCGGAGGUAGAGAUAACAUUGCAAGAUAUUAAUGACAACCCGCCUGUAUUCCCAACUGAUAUGCUAGAUCUGACUGUAGAAGAGAAUAUUGGAGAUGGAUACAAAGUAAUACAACUGAAAGCUACAGAUGCUGAUGAGGGACCAAACGCUCUUGUGACAUAUACAAUCAUAAGUGGAGCAGAUGGCAGUUUUCGGAUUGACCCUGAGUCUGGAGACCUAAUAGCAACUAAACGUUUAGACCGAGAACGACGCUCAAAAUACUCUUUAUUGGUACGAGCAGAUGAUGGACUACAGUCAUCUGAUAUGCGCAUUAAUAUAACUGUCAGCGAUAUCAAUGAUCAUACACCUAAGUUCUCCCGGGCUGUGUAUUCCUUUGAUGUACCUGAAGACACCACUCAAGGUUCCAUUGUAGCAGCCAUCCUUGCAAGUGAUGCAGAUUUUGGCGUGAAUGGAGAAAUUACCUAUUGUGUGGAUGAAGAUGAUGAAGAUGGAGUUUUCUUCCUUAACCCAAUCACUGGUGUGUUUAAUGUGACCCGACCUUUGGACUACGAAUUUCAGCAGUACUACAUACUUACAGUUCGUGCACAAGAUGGUGGUGGGCAGUUCAGUAUCGUUAGGGUUUAUUUCAAUAUUCUGGAUGUUAAUGAUAAUCCUCCAGUUUUUAACAUGACUUCAUAUAGCACUUCUGUGAUGGAGAACCUGCCUCCUGGCUCUAGUAUCCUGACAAUUCAAGCUACAGAUGCAGAUGAUGAUCUUAACUCCGAGCUUUCCUAUAGUAUUGCCUCUGGUGAUUCCCUUGGUCAGUUUAACAUUGAUAGCAGUGGAGUUUUAAGUGUCAAACAGCCUCUGGAUCGUGAAAGCCAGUCAUUUUAUAAUCUUGUUAUUCGAGCACAUGACAUGGCCUCUGUCACAAGUUCUAGAUUCACGAGCACAGCACAUGUGUCCAUUAUAUUACUAGAUGUAAAUGAUAAUCCUCCAAGCUUCAUCUCUCCCAAGGUUACUUAUAUCCAGGAAAAUACACCAAUAGACACUAUCAUGUUUAAAGUUCAAGCAACUGACCCAGACAGUGGACCAAACAGCUAUGUUGAAUAUACUCUUUUGAAUCGUUUAGGAAAUACUUUCAGUAUUGGCACAGUUGAUGGAGAGGUCAGACUUACAAAUGAACUUGACAGAGAAGACAUUUCCAAUUACUCUUUGACUGUGAUUGCGACUGACAAGGGAGUACCUCCUCUGUCAUCAUCCAUGGAUGUAACAGUUAUUGUUUUAGACAUCAACGAUAAUAAACCUCUUUUUGCACAAAAUCUUUAUGAGAUAGAGAUAGAUGAGAAUACCUUAACUGGGACAGAUCUCAUCCAGGUGACAGCAGUUGAUCCUGAUGAAGGCACAAAUGGGCAAGUUCGUUAUAAUAUUAUGGGUGGAAAUGAGAACAGUGAAUUCCGGAUUGACUUUUUCACAGGAGUUCUUGCUGUAGCUAAACAAUUAGAUCGGGAGACCAGAGCAUCAUAUGCUCUAACUAUACAAGCAGCAGAUCGUGGAAGCAGUCCGAGGACAGACACAACAACAGUUCGUAUAGUAUUAUUGGAUUUAAAUGAUUUCACACCAGUAUUUGAACUGUCACCUUAUACUGUAUCUGUCCCUGAAAACUCAGAAAUACUACCAGAAUCCAUACUUAUGGUUGUUGCACGGGAUGAUGACCAGGGGUUGAACAGUCAGCUGACAUACAACAUUGUGAGUGGAAAUGAGGACGAUGCUUUCACAUUGUCAUUAGGUGGUCAGCUCAACCUGGUACAGAGCUUGGAUCGUGAAACAAAGGAGAAAUAUGUUCUGAUGAUCACAGCUACUGACUCAGGAACUCCUGCCCUAACUGGCACUGGAAUUAUUACCAUUACUGUAACAGAUAUAAAUGAUAAUGUCCCUAUGUUUGCAUCUGGCAAGUACUAUGCUAGUGUUUCAGAGGCUGCACUCACUGGAACAGAUGUCCUGUUGGUAAACUCUUCAGAUGCUGAUGUAGGCACAAAUGCAGUCAUCAGUUACAGCCUUACUGGUGGAAACAUGCAAUUCUCCAUUAAUCCAUCUACUGGACAGAUCAUCACCAGCACACUUUUGGACAGGGAAAGACAGGAAAAUUACACACUUGUAGUUGUUGCAACAGAUGGUGGAUCUCCACAGGCUAUGUCCAGCUCGGCUACUGUGUUUGUUUCCAUAGAUGAUAUCAAUGACAACCCUCCCAAGUUCCAUCAUCAUCCAUAUGUCACUCACAUCCCAGCACCUACCAGUGCUGGUUCCUUUGUAUUUGCAGUGACGGUUUCAGAUGAUGAUACAGGGUCAAAUGCGGAACUCCAUUAUUCUCUGAUUGGGAGGAACUCAGAAAAGUUUCAGAUCGAUCCAGUGAGAGGGGCGAUUAUGGCAGCUGAAGAAUUAAUGGGGAGCUCUGAAGUUACUUUCACAGUGCAAGUGAAAGAUGGAGGAACACACCCAAAAUCAGAUGCUACAACAGUAACAGUGAGAUUUGCAAACAAAGUGGAUUUUCCACAGAUCAAAGUGGAACAGCAAAGGUUUACCUUUCCAGAGAACACAGCAGUUGGUAAACUUAUCACUAAGGUUCUUGGGACUUCUUCCAGAGGAGGAUCUUUGUCAUAUUACAUAGUAAGUGGCAACCUUGAUAAUGCAUUUCAUGUUGACCAGCUCACAGGAGAGUUGACUCUUAAGAGUGCUUUAGACUUUGAACAUUUGCAGAACUAUGUACUUUGGAUUGAAGCCAGAGAUAUGGGGUUUCCUCCCUUUUCUGCCUAUGAGAAAAUAGAGAUCACUGUCCUGGAUGUGAAUGACAACUCACCAGAGUUUAAAGACUUUCCAUUUCAAGGUGAAAUUUUGGAAAACCUGUCUCCACGCAAAAUAUGUACUGUCUCAGCUGCAGAUAAAGACAGUGGACAUAAUGCAGAGUUAGAAUACACAAUAGUCGAUGGUAACAGGGGAAGUAGUUUUGCUAUUGCCAGAGCAACAGGUGACAUAAGAAGUACAAGGCCCCUUGAUAGGGAGAAAGAUGCUGAAUACACACUAACUGUGAAAGCAACAGACAAAGGGUCUCCUCCACGAAGUUCCACUGCUAAAGUGACUGUACGAGUUUUAGAUGUCAAUGACAAUGCACCACGAUUCUCCCAGAUAUUUAGUGCGCAUGUAGCUGAAAAUGUUCCACUAGGUUAUACAGUAGCAAGAGUCACAACCUCAGAUGAGGAUGAAGGUGAUAAUGCCAUUAGCAGGUACUCAUUAGUUGAUUCAAGUCUUCCAUUCUCUAUAAAUCCCAGUUCAGGAGACAUUAUUGUCAUUAGGUCGCUGAACCGAGAAGACACCGACCUCUAUGUACUAAAAAUCGCUGCCCAUGAUUCUGGAUGGACUGUGAGCACAGAUAUGACAGUAUUUGUAACAGAUGUAAAUGAUAAUCCACCUCGAUUUAGUUGGCCUUCCUAUUUCUUGGAGUACCCUGAGGUGAAUGAAGUCGGUACAAAAGUUAUUCAGGUGACAGCAACAGAUCCUGACUGGGAUACUAAUGGCCAAGUGUUUUACUUCAUUAGGUCUCAGACUGAAUUUUUCAAAAUCAAUUCUACCACUGGCGAAAUAUUCAACAAACAAAGUCUAAAGUAUCAGAAUUCAAGUAGUUUAGCAUCGGCAAACAUUAAUAGACAUAGCUUUAUUGUGACAGCAUCUGACAGAGGCAGUCCCGCAUUAAUGAGUGAAACCACAGUCAUAAUAAACAUAGUAGACAGUAAUGAUAAUGCACCUCAGUUUGAGUUAACAGAAUAUUUUACUCCUGUAACAAAAAAUGCUAAAAUAGGCACAAGACUGAUUAGAGUUACUGCAACUGACGAAAAAGAUUUUGGGCCAAAUUCAGAAGUGGAAUAUUUUGUAUCUGGUGGCAACAGCUCAAACAGGUUUAAUUUACAAAGAAAUUCUGGCUGGAUCUCUAUUGCAUCAUCUCUUGGUUAUGAUGUAAACAAGAAUUUUAGAAUUGAAGUUAUUGCCAAAGACAAGGGAAAUCCUCCGCUUUCAUCAUAUGCCACAGUCAAGGUUGUUGUAACAGAGGAAAACUACCAUGCACCAGAAUUUGCUCAAAAACAGAUUAGCAUUUCCAUUCCAGAAAGCCUUACUGUUGGGUCAGUGAUCAGAACAGUAUCAGCUAAGGACAGGGAUCCUGAUAUGAAUGGUUUCAUCACGUAUAGUAUAUUAUCUGGAAAUGAUGCUGGCCUCUUCAAAAUCAACACAACCUCUGGUGCACUGACUCUAGCUAAACCUCUAGAUUAUGAGACACAGCAGUCACAUGAUCUUACAGUAAUUGCUGCAGAUGGUGGGUGGAUUUCUAAAACUGGACAUCUUGGUGUUACUAUUCAUGUAACUGAUGUAAAUGAUAAUGUUCCUGUUUUCAAUCCAGAGGAGUUCUUCACAAUGGUACUUGAAAAUGCUCCAAGUGGUACUACUGUAUUCUCGUUAAAUGCAACAGAUGCUGAUUCUGGUGCAAAUGGCAAGAUAGCUUAUGCAAUUCAGUCAUCAGACAGUGACCUUUUUGUAAUUGAUCCAAACACAGGUGUUAUUACUACCCAAGGAUUCCUAGACUAUGAAAUAAAGCAAAGUUACCACUUAACUGUAAAGGCCUUCAAUGUUCCUGAUGAGGACCGUUGUAGUUUUGCUGAUGUUAAUAUCCAUUUGCAAGGUACAAAUGAGUACAUACCACGUUUUCUAUCCAAACAGUACUAUUUUGAAGUAUCUGAGGCAGCCUCUAAUGGCACAGUUGUGGGAGAAGUUUUUGCAAGCGACAGAGAUCUUGGCCAAGAUGGCCAGGUUUAUUAUAUGAUUUUUGGAAACAGCAGGAAGAAAGGUUUUAAGAUUGAUAAGAGGACUGGCCAGAUUUUUGUGUCUGGAAUCCUUGAUAGGGAAAAGGAAGAAAAGGUCUCCCUGAAGGUGCUUGCAAAAAACCUUGGGAGCAUUCGAGGAGCAGAUAUAGAUGAAGUUAUCGUUAACAUCACCAUUCUAGAUGCCAAUGACCCUCCUGUAUUCAGUUCAGACACUUAUAUUGUACAGAUUAGUGAAGGGGUACCACCAGGGACUCAUCUAACCUUUGUAACUGCCUUUGACUCAGAUUCAGUCCCCAGCUGGAGUAGAUUCUCAUAUUUUCUUGGUACUGGAAAUGAUAAUAGUGCAUUUUCAAUUAAUCCCCAGACUGGACAGGUCACUGUGGCUGCUGAACUGGAUCGUGAAUCUGUAGCCAUCUAUAAUCUGACUGUUUUAGCAAUUGACUCAGGAGCACCGUCUGCUACAGGAAGUGCUUGUUUGACUGUUAUUUUGGAGGAUAUCAAUGACAACGGGCCUACACUAACAACAACGCAAGGGGAAGUCCUGGAGAACCAACGUGCUGGAACAGUUGUGGUGAUUCUGGAGUCCACUGAUUCAGACCUACCUCCAAACCAAGGUCCUUUUACAUACAAUUUGCUUAGCACUGGGACAGCAACCAAUUAUUUCAGUCUUAGUACUGCAGGAAUUCUGACAACAACCAGGGAAAUUGACAGAGAGCAAAUUGACAAAUUUGUUUUAUCAGUGGUGACACGUGACUCUGGUAUUCCACAGAUGUCUUCCACAGGAACUGUGCUACUUACUGUAAAAGACCAAAAUGAUAACCCGUCAGAAUCAAGAACUGUAGAGAUCUUUGUUUAUUAUUUUGGAAAUACAUUUCCUGGUGGGAUUUUAGGUAGUGUUAAACCUCAGGAUCCAGAUGUGUUAGACAGUUUUCGGUGCUCCCUUACUUCAGGAGUCACAAGUCUUUUCAGCAUUCCGGCAAGUACAUGUGACUUAAAUUCACAACCAAGGUCUACAGACGGAACAUUUGACCUGCGAGUACAUAGCAAUGAUGGCCUGCACAGUGCUGUUACCAGUAAUGUCCGUGUUUUCUUCACAGGGUUUAACAACAACACAAUAGACAACAGUAUUCUCUUGCGUGUAAAGGUCGAAACAGUUAAACAUUUCCUCACUAAUCACUACCUUCACUUUUUGCGUAUUUCAAAUUCUCACCUAACUGGGCUAGGGACUGCAGUUCAGCUCUAUGGGUUAUAUGAACAAAAUAACAGGACUUUUUUAACAGCUGCAGUAAGACGCCAUGGCAAUCAGUAUGUAAAUCCUAGUGGAGCUGCAACUUUCUUUGAAAGUAUUAAGGAUAUUCUUCAGAGACAGAGUGGUGUACACAUAGAAUCUGUGGAUGAUGAUCCAUGCUCUCAGAAUCCUUGCCAGAAUGGAGGAAGCUGUAUAAAAAGGCUUGCAGUUUCCCCCUUUCUUAAAAAUCAGGAAAGCAUUCCAGUUAUUGUCAUGGCAAAUCAACCUUUGCAGCCAUUUUUCUGCAAGUGUUCACCAGGCUAUGCUGGAAACCUAUGUGAGGCUGACAUUGAUGAAUGCCUUCCACUACCAUGUCACAAUGGUGGGACGUGCCACAAUCUGGUUGGUGGAUUCACGUGCACUUGCCCGGAUGGUUUCACAGGAAUUGCAUGUGAGCGAGAUGUCAAUGAAUGCUUAGCAAAUCCCUGCAAAAAUAAUGGAGUUUGUCAAAACUUUCCUGGAACCUUCAGCUGUGUGUGCAGAGCUGGAUAUACAGGUAAAACAUGUGAAUCUACUGUCAAUUACUGUGAAUGCAAUCCCUGCUUCAAUGGCGGCUCCUGUCAAAAUGGAAUUGACAGCUAUUUCUGCUACUGCCCAUUUGGUGUUUUUGGAAAACACUGUGAGUUAAACAGCUAUGGCUUUGAAGAACUCUCAUACAUGGAAUUCCCCAGUCUGGAUCCACACAACAAUUACAUAUAUCUUAAGUUUUCUACCAUUAAAAAUAAUGCUCUUCUACUUUAUAACUAUGACAACCAAACAGGAGAACGAGCCGAGUUCCUUGCUCUUGAAAUAAUCGAAGGAAGAAUGCGAUUCUCAUACAACCUUGGAAGUGGGACAUAUAAGCUAAUGACCACCAAGAAGGUUUCAGAUGGGCACUUUCACACAGUUAUUGCAAGGAGAGCUGGAACAGCAACAUCUCUAACGGUAGACUCCUGUUCUGAGGAUGAAGAGCCGGGUUAUUGUACUGUCAGUAAUGUUGCUGUCUCCACAGACUGGACACUUGAUGUGCAGCCAAACAGAGUAACGGUGGGAGGAAUCCGAUCUAUAAAUCCAAUCCUUCAACGACGAGGACAAGUAGAGAGCCACGAUUUUGUUGGAUGCAUAAUGGAAUUUGCAGUUAAUGGACGCCCUCUAGAACCUAGUCAGGCAUUCUCAUCUGAACACAUUCUGGACAGAUGCCCCAGACGGGAAGAAGCAUGUGCAUCGAGCCCUUGCCAGCAUGGUGGAACAUGUGUGGACUACUGGUCGUGGCAGCAAUGCAAAUGCAGAGAAGGUUUCACGGGAAAAUACUGUGAAAAAUAUACCAAUGCUGAUACUGCCUUAUCUCUACAUGGUAGCGGACGCCUGGAGUACUCUGUAAACCAGAAUAUAAAGCGGGACUACCUAAUGCGACAUGGUCUGAAAAUAACAGCUCCUGAACCAGUGAGCGUACAGAGUUUGGAAUUAAAAUUCAGAACAAGGAGCAGCAAUGGCAUUUUAAUACACUUCCAGGAAAGCAGUAACUACAGUACAGUGAAGGUAAAGAAUGACAAAAUACAUUACACGUCAGAUGCUGGAACUGGUGGGAAAGUGGAAAGGAAUAUUCCAGAAGUUGCUGUUACAGAUGGACAGUGGCACACUUUGCUAAUGGAGAAGAAUGGAUCUGUGACAACUAUGUCCAUUGACAAAACACACACAAAGGAAAUACAUCAUGUCACUCAUGAUUUUGGAGGACUAAAUGUUCUUACCAUUUGUCUUGGGGGAAUGCCAUCUGUUCAGACAUUCCACAGUAGUGCAACAGAUUUUGAUGGCUGCAUUGCUUAUGUGAAGUAUAAUGAAGAAAUACUGCCUUUCAGUGGUGAGCACAAUGCUGUCAAAAUAUCCAGGAAGGAUCCCUCUGUUAAAAUUGGGUGCCGUGGUCCUAAUGUGUGUGCCAGCAGCCCAUGCUGGGGAGGAUUACUGUGUGUCAACCAGUGGUACACAUACAAGUGUGUCUCUCCAGGUGACUGUGCUUCCAGUCCUUGUCAGAAUGGUGGCAGUUGUGAGCCUCUUCCUUAUUCUGGAUUCACCUGCACUUGUCCUGAGUUCUACACCGGAAAGAAUUGUGAACACGUGGCAGCAUGCCUUGGCAUUCAUUGUAAACAGGGCACAGUCUGUAAGAGUGGCAAAAAUGGUGGCUAUGUCUGCACUGUGAGCAUUCAGGAGGAUGAACCUCCCCUACCUCUUUGGGCUGUGCCUGCCAUAGUUGGGAGCUGUGCCACAGUUCUAGCAUUGAUUGUUCUUAGUUUAAUCCUCUGCAACCAGUGUCGAAGGAGGAAAACAAAAGGGCAAAAGUCAGAAAAGAAGCCAAAAGACAAAAAAACAAAAGGCAGUGAGAAUGUGGCAUUUGAUGAUCCUGACAAUAUUCCACCUUAUGGUGAUGAUAUGACUGUGAGAAAACAGCCCGAAGGGAAUCCUAAACCUGAUAUAAUUGAAAGAGAGAAUCCUUAUCUUAUAUAUGAUGAGACAGAUAUCCCACACAACACAGAGACCAUACCAAGUGCCCCAUUAGCUGGUCCUGAACCAGAUAUAGAGCACUAUGAUAUAGACAAUGCUAGCAGCAUAGCUCCUUCUGAUGCUGACAUCAUACAACAUUACAAACAGUUCCGAAGUCAUACUCCAAAAUUCUCCAUGCAAAGACAUAGCCCUCUAGGCUUUGCAAGGCAAUCACCUCUGCCUCUGGGAGCAACAAGUUUAUCUUACCAGCCACCAUACACGCAGAGCAUACGACCAGCUCCUUUGUCUCAUUCUGUUUGUCCUACUCCUAAUCCACUCUCUCGGCAAAGCCCUGCUCCUUUUUCAAAACCAUCAACUUUCUACAGAAGUACUCCUUCAAGAGAUUUGCAUUUGUCAAUAAGAGAAGGAAGCCCUUUAGACAUGCACAAUGAAGCUUGUCAGCCUGGCAUUUUCAAUUAUGCCACAAGGCUUGGAAGAAGAAGCAAGAGUCCUCAGACAAUGGCAGGUCAAACAUCAAGACCGGGGAGUCGUCUUAAACAACCAGUUGAGCAGAUUCCUUUGGAAACUGGUCCUCCAGUUGGUCUGUCCAUAGAAGAAGUUGAAAGGCUAAACACACCACGUCCAAGGAAUCCAAGCAUCUGUAGUGCUGAUCAUGGAAGAUCAUCAUCAGAAGAGGAUUGCAGGAGACCACUUUCAAGAAUUAGGAACCCAGCAGAUGGCAUUCCAGCCCCAGAAUCAUCAUCCGAUAGUGACUCUCAUGACUCUUUCACUUGCUCUGAAAUGGAAUAUGACAGAGAAAAGCCAACAGCUUAUACUUCAAGAAUGCCAAAAUUGUCCCAAGUAAAUGAAUCUGAUGCUGAUGAUGAAGAGAAUUAUGCUGCAAGGAUGAAACCAAGGAGGUACCCUGGUCGCAGGGCUGAAGGAAGUUCUGCUGGGAUGCAGCCAGCUGUAGGAGGUGAGCAGACAUUGCCUUUAAAACUAGGGCAGCAAGCUGGCAAUUUUAACUGGGACAGCUUAUUGAACUGGGGCCCUGGGUUUGGGCAUUAUGUGGAUGUCUUUAAAGAUCUGGCAUCGCUGCCAGAAAAUGCAACAGCAAAAGAAAUUCAGAUGAACAGUGACGAUACAAAUGUAUCAGUCCCUAAGGAAGGAGAAGCAGAACAGUAUGUGUAAAUGUGUGUUUCUUUCUACUGUUACUGUUUAUCCGUAGACUGUCAGCUCUUUGUAAGGUACACUGCCCUGUUUGGAUUAAUUCAAGUUCCAUGUUUUUAACAGGCCAGUCUAAAAGCAACAUAACUGGUAACCACUUUGCUGCUGAAAUGGAAUUGAAACACCUUGUACUCUGUGUUUCACCCCUUCGGACAACUAGUUCUUGAUAAAACACACCUGACAAUUUUUUUUUCUUUCCUGAUGGAAUAUAUUUCCAUACCCUUUUACACUACAUUUAUAUGAUAAAAAUGUUUUUAUUAAUAAUGAGAUGAUGAAUUUGAAGUGAUUGCUUCUUACAUGGUUUGACAGCUUCCCUUCUUUACAGUAAUUUCUAUUGUAAUGCCUUAUGUGUCAACAAUUCCACAGUUUCUGCCUGUACAUUUGUGAAAGAACCAUAGAAAAGUUUGUAAUGCCGUACUGCUAAUAUGAUAUUGUAUAUGGUAUCCUACUGUUUCUGAGAUCUUACGCUGUGUAAUAUUUGAUGUUUAUAUCACUUUGCUCAUGUUGUUUUGUAUCUUUUCCUCUUGCUUUCAUUAAAUUAAGUGCAGGUUGGUUAGUACCUUAGGUUAUUCUUGACAAAGUUGUGUGAAGAUUUCAGAACUGCAUUUCUUGUAUGACUUGCCUACGGUACCAUAUCACAUGUGCGCCAAGUGAAAGAAGCAAUGCUUGGAGAGCAAUAACAAUGACUGAGAGACUUACUGUACAUAUUAAUAUUGCAUAAUACCGAGAAAUUAUUAUAAAUAAAAUAGUGUCGUGAUUCAUAUCCAACAACUUUUGGCACAUGUCAGAUUUGCUCCCCAAUCAGCAAGCAGCUAUGAAUUGACAGAACCCACAGACUUAAAUUUUACAAUGACUCAGCCACUUGUCCAGUAUUAAAGGAAAAUCUGUUCUCACUACAACAGACAGAGCUACUUGGAUUUUACAUCAUAUCUUUUAGUGCACAUGAAGGUGCAAAGUACUGUACAAUUGCUUGUUGGAUCAAAGAGAUAUUUAUUCUUGGAGCAGUUGCAGCAUAUGCAGAUACUGACUUUAGUGGAAAAUUGUGAUAUAGCAGGGCAGUGUGGAUAGCUGUGGCCAUAAACCAUGGAGACUGACAUUUUGUAAACUAGAAAAUCAAGAGCUUACAGUUGUGUGCACAUUUGGGAAUUUCAUAUUUUGUACUGUAUAAUAACUUAAAUUUUACACAAGCUGUGUUUUGAUAUCAGUAUUGUUUCACUUGCUGAAAAUGAAUUCUUACUUUCAGGGAAAGUAGGAAAUGACUUUUUUUCUACAUUUGUUACUUAUGUAACACCAAUAUUUUUCACCUUUUGAUACAACUGUAACAAACUUUUUACCUGUAAAUGCAAAUAUAGAAUAAAAAUAUUUAUUUAA